GCGGCGACUGGUGUGGGGCUCCUUAGAUGCGCCACGGCUUCGGUAGCGACGGCUUCUCCCGCCGGGUCUGAGCCUCUCCAGCCCCUCCCCCAGGAGACCGUUGCAGUCGGCCAACCCUUGCUCCACUGUGAGAGACUUGGGUAACCAUGUGCGACAGAAAGGCGGUGAUCAAAAAUGCCGACAUGUCCGAAGAGAUGCAACAGGAUUCGGUGGAGUGUGCUACUCAGGCGUUGGAGAAAUAUAACAUAGAGAAGGACAUUGCGGCCCAUAUUAAGAAGGAGUUUGACAAGAAGUACAACCCCACCUGGCACUGCAUCGUGGGGAGGAACUUCGGUAGUUACGUGACACAUGAAACCAAACACUUCAUCUACUUCUACCUGGGCCAAGUGGCCAUUCUUCUGUUCAAAUCUGGUUAGAAGCAUGGACUGUGCUACACACCCAGUGAUCCAUCCAAAAACAAGGACUGCAGCCUAAAUUCCAAAUACCAGAGACUGAAAUCUUCAGCUUUGCCUAAAGGAACACCUUGAUCUUGAACCUUUGUGUUUUGUACAGGGCUUUCUCUGUACUCAUUUGUUGUGGUUAUAAAACAAUUAGCAAAACAGCUUACAUUUGUAUUUAUUUUCUAUUCCAUACCUCUCUGCCCCAUGUUUUUUCUCAAAAUCCAUUCCUUUCCAAAAAAAAAAAAUAAAUAAAUCUGUUGGAGAAGUGUUA